AUGGAUGACACCUAUGUCCCAACUCUCUCCACAGAGGAAGAUGCUCGAAUCCUUCGAAAGAUCGAUCUCUAUCUCAUCCCCAUCUUUCUCUUCUCGUAUCUCUUUCAGACCCUUGAUAAGCAGGCACUUGGUUUCUCUGCCAUCAUGGGAUUGGAAGAGGAUCUGAAUCUCUCAGGAAGUCAAUAUUCUUGGGCAAGCAGCAUCUACUACUUCGGGUACCUGGCAUUUUCGUACCCUGCCUCGUAUCUUAUUGUAAAGCUACCUUUGGGCAAGCUUGUUGCCAGUGCCUGCACCAUGUGGGGUGCCGUCCUCAUUGCAUCCGCCGGCUCAUUCAACGCCAGUGGACUCCUCGCCGCCCGAUUCUUCCUCGGAGUAGCAGAAGCCUCAAUUGCCCCGGGUUUGGCCACCAUGGUCUCGAUGUGGUACAAGAAGUCCGAACAGCCCCUCCGACACGGAGUCUGGUUCAUGGGAAACGUCAUGGCUGGCUUCUUUUCUUCGUUGCUCUCCUACGCCAUCAGCUUUAUCAAAGCCGACAUCUCCCCCUGGCAGAUCUUGUUCAUCAUUUUCGGAUCAGUCACCAUGCUUUGGGGCCUCUGUCUCCUGUGGCUCAUCCCCGAUCACCCGACCACCGCGCGCUUCCUUUCUCCCGAGCAACGCGAAAAGGCCGUCAUUCGAGUCGCCACAAACAUGUCGAGCGUUAAAAACGACACCUUCAAGAUGUACCAGCUGCUAGAGGGACUCGCUGACAUUAAGAUGUGGCUACUAGUCCUCAUCAUGUUGUCGUCCAACUUGGCUAAUGGCCUGCAAAGCUUCCAAUCCAUCAUCCUGAAAGGGUUCGGCUUCUCCAAAGUUCACACUUACCUCAUCCAAAUGAUCUCGACGGCCUUCCAAGCCCUGGCUGUCAUCAUUGCCACGGUCGGUAGCACGUAUAUCAAAAACUCGCGGACUUAUUUCAUGGUGGCCAUUUAUGCAGUGGGUAUUGCAGGGUCUGUGAUAGUCCAGAAGAUAAACUCUGAGCAUAUCUGGGCCAGGUUCUUUGGCUUCUGUCUUUGCGUCAGCUUCGUGGGCAAUUUCCCCAUGAUCUUUGCCAUGUCGACUGCCAACUUUGCCGGGUUUACAAAGAAGGCGACAGUCAACGCUGCUAUCUUCGUUGCUUAUUGCGCUGCCAACAUUGCAUCUCCCCAACUGUUCAAGGCUAGCGAGGCGCCCAACUACGAAAGCGGUUUUACAGCUUGUGUCAUCUGUUUGAGUGCUUCCGCCGUUCUGAGUGGUGUUCUCCGUUUCUAUCUCAUCUGGGAGAACAAAAAGAGGGAUCGGCAGUACGGAAUCCCAGAGACCAAUCCCGAAGAGGUGGAUCUGGCUCAAAACUUGGCGGAUAAGACUGAUGCCGAAUUGCCCGAGUUCCGGUAUUCCAUCUAA